ACCACCCCCUCCCUCCUCCAGACCUUUAUCAGUGGCAGCUCAGUGGGGGGCGUCCCCUCUCUCCCGACGUCCUCUCAGAAGCGUCUGGAUGACAGCAGCGCCCGCUUCACCACCGCUAACUUCCAGGAAGUGUCGUCGGCGCUGUCCGGCGGCUCCAAAGACGGCCUGGCCGCGGCGGACGCUGGGAAGGCGGCUUCGUCAGAGGCGAAGAACAAGAAGAACAUAGUCCCGGGUCACGUUGUGGGACAGCGGGGGGGCCGCAAGUCUCUCUCCUCCUCAGGGAAACCCCUCCCCUCCGCCGUGGUCACCAUGGCAACAUCCUCCACAUCUGCCUCUGCCUCCACGGGGCCUUUCCACCAAGGCCUCCUGUUGACCAGUGCCAGUAAGACCCCCUCUGCCCCUUCCUCCUCAGACUUCUUGAGUUUCUCAGAUCCGUCGUUGCGUCCUGGGGGCGGGACCACCUUCUCCUCCCCUCCGUCCUUCAGCAGCUGCCUCGUGAAGCCCAGCUCGGAGGGCGGAGCUUCAGAGGGAACGGCGACGCUUUUCGGCUCUUUGGUGUCCGCCACCACGGCCUCUGCAGUGGGCGGGAAGCUGUAUGAGAAUUCCCACAGUCUCACAUCCAGCGAGACACCAAGCCUCGGUGGCUCCGCUGCCUACAAGAGACCCCCCCCCUCCAGUUCAGGAGGAGGGGGAGGAGCAGGAGGAGGCGCAGGAGAAGGAGGAGGAGGGGACGACGGGUUGAAGAAGAAGAAGAAGGGAAACUGGAGAAACAGAUUUGGACCGUGCUUCACGACGGAGGUGAAGCCUUCAGAGGCCGCAACCUCCCUCUCCCUCCCCACCUCCACCACCACCUCCUCCUCUUCCUCCGCCUCCCCGUCCUCCUCCUCUUCCUCAGCGCUCUCAGGACGCCCGGGCUUAGUCUCCAGCAGUGGGUUGGGAGUAGGGGUGGGAGGAGGUGGAGGAGAGAGGGGGCUGGGGGUCAGCGCUGGGAUUCAGAAGUCCCCGUCACUCCUCAGGAACGGAAGUCUGCAGAGCAACAGCAGCUCCUCGGGCACCGGAGCAGGUGUUUUCUCCGGUGCUGACGGGUCGACCUCGGGGUCUGGAGCUGCCUCUGUCGGCGGCUCUGAGUUGUCUCAGCAGCAGCCCACACCUUCACUGUCCUCUCCGUCUCCGUUUACCGCCACCGCACCGCUCACCAGCACCGCCAACACACACGUGAGUGGCUCCGUCUUUAACCUCGCCCCCUCCCACAUGUUCGGUAACCGGCUGAAUCCAAACUCAGCCAUGGCAGCUCUCAUCGCUCAGUCCGAGGCCUCACCGGCAGAUCAGGAGGUGGGAGACGGCAGCAGUGGCGUCGGAGCUCAGGGCUUCUCCAUAAGAGCUUCUCCCAAGACCACCCCGCGCUCCCCCAUUGGUGGCCUGCAGAUCCGCUAUGACUCCUCGGGGUCGUUGCCGGGGCCGGCACUGGGGUUGCUAGGGGCGGGGGGAAGCGGGGGGGAGACGCUGCCCCCGGUGGCCACCAGCAUAGAGCAGCUCCUGGAGAGGCAGUGGAACGAGGGGCAGAGCUUCCUGUUGCAGCAGGGAGCUCAGGGGGACGUGCUGGGCAUGUUGAAGGCGCUCCACCAGCUGCAGGAGGAGAACCGGAGGCUGGAGGAACAGAUCAAAAAUCUGACCAUGAAGAAGGAGAGACUGCAGCUCCUCAGCGCUCAGCUAUCAGUGCCUUUCACCCCCUCCUCUGAUUUGAAAGGGGGCCAUCUAGCAGGCACCGACUCGUCAUUUCCUGCGUCAGCUCAGGACGGAGCUUCCUGCGGGGGCCACAGCAGCAGCGGCUCCACCUCGUCUCUCUCCACCCCCCCCUCCGUGUCCCAGAGCCCCCCCCAGCUGAACGGCCGGGUGACGGGGCUGAUGGGAGCUCUGGGAGCAGGCAGCGCUCUGAGCAUGGGGGGGAUCGUCGGGGGUCUGAACGGAGUGAUCCAGAACCCAGCGGGCCCCCCCCACACCCCCGCAGCAGCUACGAUGCCCGCUCAUAACAGCUCAGCAACUAGUAAGAGCAGCGCUGCACGGCUCGGCCUGCUGUCGGAGCAGCACCGACUCCUCCUGCAGCACCAUCAGCUCCAACAGCUGCUCUCUGCACAGCCUUCAGCGGAGCAGCAGCAGGUGUUGCUCUACCAGCUGAUGCAGCAGCAGCAGGAGCUCCAGCAGCUUCAGUCGCUCUCCUCCUCCGCCCAGAUCCCCUCCAUGUCCUCCGCUCAGCUGCCCAUCAACAACCAGAGCGCCAUCACCGCCAACCCCUUCCUGGCGAUGCAGCACGCUCACGCCGACUCGCAGAAGCCGCGGCUCGGCGAGAAGGCGCUGGGCGUGGCGGGUCAGGAGAAGACAUGACGGCAGAUGCUCUUUGUUUUUGGGUUAUUGGUUUUUCUUUUAAAAUAAAUAUGCAGAGUCUUCGGGGAGGCUGUGGGUCCACUUUGUGGCUCAGUGCCGCAGAGAAACCUGUGUUCCUGCUGGAUUAUUAGCACACACUAUGGCGAGUGACGGCGUUCAUCUGCAGCUUGAGGUUUAUGUCGUUUAUGUUUCAGGAAUCAGAUACAUUGUGCUAUUUAUGUUCAUCCAGUUAUAGGUUUUUUUUUAGCUUUAGUGCUGCUUCAGGUUUUUGUCACUGUUGAGGUCAUUUUGUUUCGAUAUCACUGGUAAAAACUUCGUGUCAGUAAUGAGCACAUGGUGUGUUUGAUCUCAAUAUUUUAUUCUCCAAUCUCUUCACAUCUCUCUCGUGUGUGUCACGUUCAUUUCCUCUCUUUUCUCCAUCGUCCACACUAACAUCCCUCUCUGCUGUCUCACUCUCUCAGGGCCUCUGCUAACUCAGCACACAAGCUAGAACACACAGAACUACAAACAUAAAAAAAAUAUAGCAGAAAUACAUAAAAUAUAUAUAAAAAAAGAAUUCCCCACUACAGGACUUUACAGUAGGUCUCGCAGCGAUCCCGAGGGGACUAUUGAGCGAGAGGCUUGUGAAAAUAUCCCACAUGUUCUCACUGUCUCUUUGUGUAGAUGUGUUUAUGUCGGUGACCCAAGCCUCAUACAGUCACCGCAGAAGCCUUGCUUUUGACUGUCUCUUCUCUGGGCCAGAUACAGGGGGCUCACUCAGGGAAUGUGAAAAAAAAAAAAAAAGGAAUAAGCAGCACGUUGAAUGU